UGUCAGCCAAUGCAACACAGCUUUACCGUUGGUGUAGAUGCAGGUUGACGACAUAGGCGGGGCAAGUCUUGGACGAUCUACUGCAGUGUUUUUUUGCCCAAACGGUUGAGGCACGAUGGCGAGGCCCUGUCAUGACGCACCCAAUCCAAACUGCGCCGCGGCAGGUCAUGGACAGGCCUUGGCAAGCUGGUGGAGACGAGCCGGUGCUGGCAAACGUUCAAGAUUCUGGAUGUGGUCAGGGAUGCGCAGAUCUGUUCGAUGAUCUUGCGGAGGGCGCGAUGAGGCAGAGGCAGAUCUCCCAGAGCCUGCAAAGCAUUGCCUCGGGUUACGUCCGGAAUACUGCGAGUCUCUUUGCUUCUAACGGUCUAGACGCCGACCACUGGCAAAGAGAGACCUCACAGACUUUGGAGGAGAUUCACAAUUCGGGAACUGUCCGAGCCCGAGCUCGCCAAUUUGAGGUGCCCGUUUCUCCGAAGGCGCCCCGCUCGCAGAUUGCGGGGAGGAUACGAGCUCGAAGAUUUGUAACGGCGGCCACUGACGUUGUGAAGACGCUGCAGUGCAUCACGGAGGACCGGCUCGACCAAGUCAAGACUCCCAUGAUGGAGUUGCAGGUCGGUGAGGGUGGUGUGGCGGUAGGGCAUCUCUGCUCUGAUGCCAUGUUCUCGUUGCCUACGAUGGGGGCUCUCUCAGAAGACUGCGAUGAGAGGUCCCCAGUUCCAGAGUCGCCCGUCUUACCACCGACCACGGGGAUCAUGCGAACUCGAGGGUCUGCGACGGUGGCGGCUGAUGAUGCUGAGAAGCUGCAGUGCAUCUCGGAGGAAGGACUCGGCCACGUUCAGGCUCCCGUGCUGGAUCUGCCAGCUGUUGAGAGUGAUGUGGCGGCGGAGGAGCUCAAAGGCACCAACGAGAUGCCCGUGGGAUGCUCGACAAUGAUCCGAAGCGUGACAGAGCACUGUGAUUCCCACCUCGAGUCCAACGAGAAGCCAGCCCGAAGCUGCUCGGCUCCCGCCCUGACGCACUUCUACUGCCUAUACCUCGACGACGUUGAGGGACACACCAGCGCAGUGAGGCUGUCAUCGGAGUCCUCCUCGUCGUCGGACUGCGACCUGGCGGUCGAUGCCGCUGAGGCUUCGAUCUGGGGAGAUGUAUUUGUGAAGCGCAUCCAGGCUUGGUUUCGAAGGCGCGCAGAGCGGUGCAAGGCUGAGGCUCUUGCUCAUGGUGAGGCCGUUGCGCAGAAACAGCAAGAGCUCUCGCUACAUAAUGACAUAGAGCAGUUUGCGAAUGGUGGCCUUCCUCAAGCUUUUCAGGAGCGCGUGCAAACCAGAGCUUACUACUCUUUUCUCAACGGCUGUCUAGAUGAACAGAGCAAUUAUUUCAAUGCCUUGAAGGUUGAGCUGGAGCUUGCAUAUACAGCCAGCCGGUCAGAACGGGACCUCGCUGUACUCGGUGCAUAGUCAGGGGCGUGGUUUCCCGGCCGCACCCGCUCCAGAGCAUUUUCGUUGCUGCUCAGUUGAUGUCCCAGAGCAUGUGACCACAUUUCCAAAAGUCGGGGGCCUGGAUCAGUAUAGUGCUGUACUGUAGUGGCCUCCGGCCAGUGCCGCCGAUCUGGGGCGCUCCCGAUGGUGCUCGGCUUCGCUUGGAGGCCGAUGGGGCCGUCGUGGGGCCUCUCAGAGCCGUCGCAGGAGGAGGCCUCUUGACGGGAUCUUGGAGCCUCCUGGGGGUUGCUUGGAAGCCUGUUUGGUUGUCUCAGAGCUAUAGUUCAGACUGCAGGUUGUAGCUUGUUAGGCUUUUGACAGCUCGCACGCCAUAUCGGCGGAUUUCGCCCCAGACAUCCUUUUCCAUCGACGGCGGUGGAUACUGAUACGCCUAGGAGAGCCGAGGAAAUUAUGAACAAAACGCCGGCGCCGUUGCGAGAGGGUGGCCAGGC